AUGGUUAGGCAUCAACUACCUCUACCGGAGACAAUAACAAAGUGUCAAAACGAUCCUGAUGGAUCUGUUGCACCUUGGUUAUUAGGAAUGCAUAAAAAGAGUAUAGAAGCAGCUGCUCACUUGGAAAAAGUAGGUGAUGAAGAAGAUGAGGAAGAUGAAGAUAUUGAAGAAGGGCAUUUCAAUAAUAUUGGUUAUCAAAACAAAAAACAAAGAAUUUCAAUAAAAAGUGGUGAAGGUGGGGGAAGAAGAGGAGGAGGGGAUGAAUUUUCUGAAGAAGAAAAAACACAAAAAAAUAUUAAAAUAAAUGAAGGGAGGAAAGAACAAAAUAAAAAACAAAAUAACCAAAUGUCUUCAACAAAUUUAAAUUUAAUUAAUCCUUAUUUUGGAAUGAUGGUUUAA